GCGGUCGCGGCAGCCUGCGGGCCUCAGGCCGCGAGCCCCGGGGCGGCGGCGCGGGCCGCCAGCGGCCGCAGCGCUGCACGGGCGAGCAAGCGGGAGAUGCCGAAGCUGCGCGGGGAAGCCUUCUGGAGGGAGACGCUGCGGAGCGCCCACUACGUGGUGGCGCCCAUGGUGGACCAGAGCGAGCUGGCCUGGAGGCUGUUGAGCCGCCGCCACGGCGCCCAACUCUGCUACACACCGAUGCUGCACGCCCAGGUCUUCCUCAGGGACGCCAACUACCGCCGCGAGAACCUUUACGACGAGGCCUGUCCCGAGGACCGCCCGCUCAUCGUGCAGUUCUGUGCCAAUGAUCCUGAAGUGUUUGUCCAAGCAGCACUGUUGGCUCAGGAUUACUGUGAUGCCAUAGACCUAAAUUUGGGUUGCCCCCAAAUGAUUGCAAAGAGAGGUCACUAUGGAGCAUUCCUGCAAGAGGAGUGGGAUCUUCUUCAGAGAAUGAUUUUACUGGCUAACGAGAAGCUCUCUGUUCCCAUCACAUGCAAAAUCCGCGUUUUCCCAGACAUUGACAAGACAGUGAAGUAUGCACAGAUGCUGGAGAAGGCUGGCUGCCAGACAGAGGAAACAGGAUGCAGACAGAUUUUGUGUGUUUGCAGCCCUAGGCUACAGCUGCUGACUGUGCAUGGCCGUACUAAAGAACAGAAAGGACCACUUGCUGGCGUAGCAUCUUGGGAGCACAUUCAAGCUGUAAGAAAAGCUGUAAACAUUCCUGUAUUUGCAAAUGGAAACAUCCAGUGUCUCAGUGAUGUGGAAGAAUGCAUCCGUAAGACAGGAGUACAUGGUGUCAUGAGUGCAGAAGGUAAUCUUCAUAACCCAGCUUUGUUUGAGGGCCGGAACCCAUUGGUGUGGGAGAUGGCUGAGGAGUACCUGGAGAUUGUGCGGAAGUACCCUUGUCCAUUGUCUUAUGUUAGGGCUCAUCUCUUCAAGCUCUGGCAUCACACGCUUCAAGUUUACCAGCAGCUGCGUGAAGAAUUAGCAAAAGUGAAGACUCUAGAGGGCAUUGUAGAUGUCAACAGGGAGCUGAAACUGCGAUGCCAGGUACCAAGAUGGGCUCUAAUCUCGCAGAACAGCACUGCCUGCACUUGGUGGCAAUGUACCAAGAAGACUGACUGUAACUCUAUGCUGCAGGAAGAAAUAGCUAAUCAGAAAGAAGGAGAAAAGCCAAAAGAAGGGUUGCCUUUUUUCCACUGGAUCUGUCAGCCAUACAUCAGGCCAGGGCCAAAGGAGAGAUGCAGGGAGAAUGGAGAUAGUGGAACUGAAAAAGGUGUGCGAGGAAAACGUGCUCUGGAAGAAGAGGAAGAUGGAAAUUCUGAGCUUCUGUCAAAGAAUAAACAAAAAAAGAAGUUAAGAAAUCCAAAUAAAAGCUUUGAUCCUUCUUUAAAACCCAAGUAUGCAAAAUGUGAUCAAUGUGGAAACCCUAAGGGCACUAAAUGUGUGUUUAACAUGUGCCGAGGAUGCUGUAAGAAAAGAGCAUUCAAGGAGGUGGCAGAUUGUCCAGGUCAUGGAUUACUUUUUAAGACCAAGUAUGAAAAAUCCCUUUCAUGGCAGCACAGUCAAAGAGGAAUUCAGACCCCAGAGAUCAGUCAGAGAGGAGAUGCAGAGGUGGGGGAGACAGCAGUGCUGAAGGAGGCUGGUGACAGUACAGGGUGAAGCUUUGGAAAUGAACAGUCCAAGAGCUCCUGCCAGACCACUACACUACUUCCCUGGGCCAAAGAAUGUGUCAUUUCCAGCUCACUGUCAGCUGUGUGAACUUCUUCCACAUAAUUAAGUUCUGGAAAAGUUUUAUUUAAGUAAAAAACUGCUUACUCAGGGAAUUAUCCUGCAUUUGAAAUAAAAGAGAUGCAAUUAAAUGUCUAAUGCUGUA